AUGGAAGAAGGUGGAGAGCAAGGACUCCCACCGAACGAGGAGCUCUUUCAGGAGCAACAAGUUGAGCCAGAACCGAUGGAGCAAGAUCCAGUAGUUGCAGAGCCAAUCGUCGAGCCAGGAGUGCCAGAAGGAUCAGAAGCGGUCAACGAGGAGCCCGAACAGGCUCAAUUCCAAGAGAUCGCUGCUGAGCAACACGAUGAUACGAUAGAAGCCACGUUCCGUCGACACGACGACUAUGCAGAGCCAUUUUUCAUGCCCACGGCGUAUGUGGCUCCACAAGACGGAGAGCAAGAGGCUUAUGGAGAUCGGGAGAAUGGAAACGGCGAUGGAGCACAUAGAAAUGAAGUGGAUAACACGGAGCACACGAUUUGGAUCGACUCGGAUGAAGAUCAUGAUCCGGAGGAGGAGAUAUUGAAGGCCAAUUUUUAUUUGCCCUACAGUGAUCACAACUACGAUCCACCGGAUCCAACAGAACGUGUCAUUCAUCCACAAGAAGGGCCAUUCAUGGUGAUCGAUGGACUUGACGAGGAGGGAAACAUCCGUAAUAUGUGGAUGCCAGACGGCUACGGGCCACCGCAUCGUCCACGUUCGGUGCAAGAAGAGGAGCCAGCUCAGCAACAACAGCUUCACGAUCAGCAGCUUGCUCAGCCCCAGCAGCCACAAUACACUACACAUCCAGCUGUACAACAGCAGCAGCAACAGCACCUAGUCGCUCCGAUGCGUCAGAAUAUGCAACAGUUGUCGGCGGCCGGACGACCAGUGGUUGCUGCUCAGCCAUUCUCGAUUGGUGGCAAUCAAGUGGAAUAUGCGGAUUCCAUGCAGAGAAUGCCAUCGAGAGGAAUUCCCAUCACAACUGGUCAAACCCAAUAUCGUGUGGUCAGUGAGUACGGUGGAACGACAUCGUCUCCAAUGGCUCCUCAAGGUGCUCUCCGCGGAACCACGAUGCCACGUGGCACGCCAACCGCCACAAUCAUCAGAGGAAAUCAACCGAUCUACCAAUCGCCAGCUCAACGGGUUGCUCCAGCUCCAGUUUCAGCGUCACGUAAUCUUCCACCAGCUCAACCGACUCCUGGAUCCUAUCAGCAUAUUUCAAAUCCAAUCGGAGGCCAAGUCAGACGUCUUCCACCCGGAAUGAAGCCGUUGGGUGCUGCUGGAAUCGUUGCCGGGCCUGGGAUCCUUCGCCAGACUCCACAGACUCGUCCUAUCAAUGUUACACGUCCGCUACUGGAAGGAGGAGGUACAGAUACUUACGAUUCGCCUUCUACUGCACCACCACCACCCCCGGUUCGUCGCAUCGCUGACGUGGCACCGCAUCGGAUGACUCAGGAGCAACGACAGGAGCAACAAUUGAUGAAUCGACAGAGACCACAGUUCCCACUGAGAGCUGGCAUGACUGUUGGGCCGGGUAACCGAGGUACCACACUGCCUACAGUAAUCCCAGGACGUGGAAGAAUUGCUUCAAGCUCUGAGGAUCUUCUUCGUUCGCCGCAACGUGGCCAGCCGAUUCUGGAGCGUAAAUUCCAGUUUAAACCUGUAUCCAUGCAACCGACGCCUGUGGAGCACACCUAUUCGACUCCUGUGCCAAAGGCUAGUGAUCAGCUUCCAGCUCAAUUGACAGAAGAUCUACCUGAGGACCAACCAACGUCGUCUAGCGCUGUCGCUGCUCCAGAAAGUGAAAUCGCAGAGGAGGUUAAACCAGAAGUCAAGUCGCCGACUCGUCUGCCAGGAUCCACGUCGCCAAUGAAACAUCAAAUCGGAGGAAUGCAGAAGCCAACGCCACCGCAUCGUAUGUCACAGGAGGAGAAGAAUGCGCAUUUCGCCAAGUUGCAUCCGGAUAAGGACAAACCAGCGACUCCACAACAACAGCUUCCGACGUCUUCUGCUUCUGGCACUCCAACCCAUCCAUCUCAGUCCCCAGCCAAUAUCCACACCCUGCCACCGCACCAUCACGCUCAUCCACAUCAUCAUCAGCCAACACCAGUCGUCGCUCCACUAUCCCGUCUUCCGCCACAUCAUCAGGACGACACGCUCGCCGUGGUACAGUCCGUGUUCGAAUCCAACGCUCCACGUCAACCGGACACUCCGAAAGACAAGGAGGCCAUUUCCAAGAUCGCGGAUCAAUUGAGAUUCAGCGCUGACGCGUUCACCGGGGCAGCUGGCUCGUCUGGCGAUGGCUCACGUCUCCGAACGACUUCAGGAGGUCGUUAUCAGCAACAACAGAUGAUGUAUCACGAUGAGGGAAGAAAGCGGCAGUUGUCUGGAGGGCGAUACGAUGGUGGGAAUAAUAUGAUGAUGAGAUCUUUGCCACCCACCGAUAAUUCUCCAUUGAUGCGUCACCCGGAAGCAAUGUUGGAGCCGCCACAUCGUCAGCGAGGAAGGCCACGUGGAUCUACUGGUCCUCAGAAUCCAGGAAGACGUUGGCCAGAAGGACAGGAGCCAAUUGCUCCGCAUAGAGCCGCAGGAGGAGCCAGAACGUUGCCACCGAGGAACCAAGAAGCUCCACCGCCACCAACUGGACGUAAUGGAGGAGCGCAGAAUUCGGAUUCAGAAUCCGACGGCGUUGGCGAUGGCGAGAGCUGGACGAUGCGAUGCCAUUGUGAAAUGGAUCAUGGAGACGGUGAUACAGUCGAGUGCGAGGGAUGCAAGGCGUGGCAGCAUAUGGCCUGCAUGGGUCUGACGCCGAAAAGCAACACGGAAAUGUACAAAUGUGAACUGUGCGCGCCGCGAAAGCUGCCGAUCACCAGGGCGGAGGCUCGAAAGGUGCAGAAAAAGCUGCUGGACGCGUUGGCUCGAGCGACAGAGAUGGAGAAGAAGAAGAAGGGUAGAAAGAGCGAUCCGACGGAAGCGAAGAAGCAGAUUCAGAAGUUAGGAAAAAUGAUUCAGAACCCUCCAGAGCCAGGAAAUUUAAAUUUUCCCGAUUUUCAGCAACCAUCAACAUCUCGCAAAUCGGCACCAAUGCCACAGCGUCAAGCGACUCCGCCACCACAACGUCGCAUUGCUCAGCUCAACGAAUACUCGAAACUAGCCGCGCAAUUGCUCAAUUCGAUGCCUCAAACCGCUGGCGCCGACACACUUCUCGAGGAUUCACGACGUCAUCACAAGGCGGAGGCCUUGUUCAUUGAGCCCGACAAGAAUGCGUUGGUGACGACGGAAAACGUGGCGAUUCGUGAGGUGAUUCUGGAGGUCAACGGACGAGUGUCGAUGGCUGCCGAAAUCAAGAGAAUGCCAGGCGGUGGGAAUGGAAUUUUCAUGUAUGACGGGCUGAUGAAAGGCACCACCGGAGAGGAUAUGGGCAAGAAGCAGGAGUUUGUCUGUAUUGAGACGAAGAAUAAGUUUGGAAACGCGACGAACGUCACCAGAAGAUCGUGUAUGCCGAAUUGUGUUCUGAAGCAUGUGCUAGGCACUCAGGCGACGUUGGGCAUAAUGAUUGUUGCCACGAAGCCGAUACCAAGAAACCAGGAGGUCACUCUUCCAUUCGACGCCGACUGGAUACAAUCUGACAUCCCUCUGCAGUGUGUGGAUCACAGUAACCGUCCAGACCAGAUUUGUCCAUUUGAACAGGAGCGUGUUCGUGCAGCGCAAACUCGCAUGGCGAAAGAGGAUCGCGAACGACGAAAUGCCGAGGAGAAGCGUCGUGCGGAAGAGGAACGACGUCGUCUGGAGGAGGAGGUUCGUCGGGAGCGAGCCGAGCGUACGAAGCAGAUGGAUGAGGAGGCUGAGCGAGAGCGGUUGGAGCAGGAGCGGAUUGAGAAGGAGAAGAAGGCUAAGGAGAAGGAGGAGGCGAAGAAGUUGGAAGCAGAGAAGAAGAAGAAGGAAGACGAGAAGGCCGGAUCGUCGUCUUCAGAAGCUGUGGCUAAGGCCAAGCAAGCCGAGUCGUCUGCAUCAUCUACCACCGCUGAAAAGUCGUCCACCAAGAAGGACGCCAUUCCAGGUGUGAAGAAAGAGGAGACUCCAGAAGAUUCUGACGCUGAUUCUACCAGUUCUGACAACAUCAGACGCCGCACGUCUCGUGUGCACAAAAAGAAGAAUUUGGAGAUAAAAGAGCACAGCAGUCCAGCGACUUAUGGAAAGAGAAAGCAAGUCACCAUCCCGGCGACCGCUGGCAAACGUCCGCGCACCUCUUCAAGCCAAGCAGACGAUCCUGGACCGUCGACGUCGGCAGCUACUGCAUCUCCAGCUAACCGAAAACGCGCUCCAGCUGCCACCUCUUCAUCAUCUUCUACUUCAGCCACUGAUGCCAAGAAGCCGAAGAGCAACGACGAAUACGCGCUCUCGGAGCUUCGUGACAAGAUGACGUCGCUCCUGGAGACUACUACUACCAACAGUACCAUGACCGAGUACAAGAUUGAUCCGAGCUUUAUUGAAGGUCGAAGACCGGAUUGGAUUAAGAAGAUGGAGCACGAUAUGGAGAAGAUAAAGGCGGAGAGAGCCGCCGCAACAGCAACGUCGUCUGGAGCUUCGAGCAAGAAGAAGAAGGAAGAAAAACGUUCGGAAGUUGUCAAAGAGGAGAAAAAGGAGACCGCAAAAGCUCCAAAGUUGGAGAAGAAGGAAACUCCAAAAAAAGUAAUAGAGAAGGAGAAGAAAGAGGUCGAAAAGAAGAAUAAGGAUGAGCAAUCUGCUGGACCAGCUCCACCAGCACCAGCUAAAGACGCUGUCAAAGCUCCAGAAUCCGCCGCUCCAAAGCCAAAAACUCCGAAAGCCGAAACGAAGGCUCCAGUAGCUGCUGUUUCGAAAGAAUCUGCUCCAGCUGCUCCGAAAGAGGCUCCUCCAAAGUCAGCUGUUCAAAAAGAAGGAUCCGUGUCCACUGAGGGAUCUGUUGAGAAGGAUGUGGGAGCUCCAGGAGCCCCAGCUGCUGCUGCUGCUCCAGCACAAGUUUCGACGAAGAAGGAGCCGAAGAGAUGGUCGAUAGACGACUACAAGAAGCGGCCGAAGAAGGAGAUUGUGGCUCCAGCGACUGAGACUGGUGCCGGAAGCAGUGCCAGCACGACACCGUCGACCAGCGGACCAGCACCGGCUCGCCGUGGAUUCAUUCCGAGCACUGAGGGAUUGAAGGAUGUGAAGCUCUCGGACAUUCCACUCGACGAUCAUCCAUCCAACGCCACCAACACCAACAACACCGCUCCAUCCACAACCACCACUACGACUGCUCCAGGAGCCACUGUCGUCAACUCGCCGAGCACUCGCUCGCGUACCCGUGGAGCCGCUAGUGAGAGCGCCGACGACGCGCCAGCCGAGCACAGUAUGUCAUUGAAGGAUCGCAUUACUUCGAUGUUUGGCGGGAUCAAUGCUCCAGCAGCAGCACCGACGGCUCAGAAGUCAUCUACGUCCAACGCUACUAAUGCCACCACCACUACGCCAUCCUCAUCGUCCACCACCACCAGCAGCAGCGGCCGCUCGAGAAGCCGUCCAACACGAUGGGAGACUAAUUAA